GGAAGCGCGGGCGGAGGAGCAGCUCCCUGCGCCGGCUGUGCACGGGGCUGGGUUGCUGGACGCCCGAGGGGGUCUCUGCGCAGGGAUGCAUACCGGGCUGGCCGUGGGGCUGGUCUUCGGCGGCUGCUGCAGCAACGUGGUUUUCCUGGAGCUGCUGAUCAGGGAAUUUCCAGGAUGUGGGAACCUGAUUACCUUUGCCCAAUUCUUCUUCAUAGCCAUCGAGGGUUUCAUCUUCGAAGCCAAUUUUGGACGGAAGCGACCCACCAUCCCAAUCAGGUACUACCUGAUCAUGGUGGCUAUGUUCUUCACAGUCAGCGUGGUGAACAACUACGCCCUCAACUUGAACAUCGCGAUGCCUCUGCAUAUGAUAUUUAGAUCGGGAUCUCUGAUAGCAAACAUGGCUCUGGGCAUCAUCAUUCUGAAGAAAAGGUACACCAUCUCCAAAUAUACCUCCAUAGCUCUGGUGUCUCUGGGAAUCUUUACCUGCACCUUCAUGUCAGCAAAGCAAGUGAGUUCUAUGUCAAGCCCAAGUGAAGAUGAAGAGAACGUCUCUGCUUUCAUCUGGUGGCUGCUAGGUAUCCUUGCGCUGACCUUUGCUCUCCUCAUGUCGGCCCGGAUGGGGAUCUUCCAAGAGACCCUCUAUAAGAGAUUUGGCAAGCACUCCAAGGAAGCCCUCUUCUACAACCACGCCCUCCCCAUCCCAGGUUUCCUGCUUCUGGCUCCUGACAUCUACAGGCAUGCCCUUCUCUUCAGCCAAUCUGAACCGUUCCAAGUCCCAGUUAUUGGGGUCACGUUACCCAUAAUGUGGUUCUACCUCAUCAUGAACAUCAUAACUCAAUAUGUUUGCAUCCGGGGCGUCUUCAUCCUGACCACAGAGUGCACCUCCCUGACGGUCACACUGGUGGUGACCCUGAGGAAGUUCAUCAGCCUCAUCUUCUCCAUCCUGUACUUCAGGAACCCCUUCACUGCCUGGCACUGGAUCGGGACCCUCUUUGUCUUCGUGGGGACUUUGAUGUACACGGAAGUGUGGAACAAUCUGGGGCCUCUGCUGGACCGGAAGCAGAAGAAACAGGCGGAGAAGCAGGAGUGACGGCCGAUGUCCUCGCCUGGGAAAGUGGAUGUCUUCUCCACUGAACCAUGGAGAACCACGGUUUUCAUUCGCAUUUACUCUAUAUGGUGCCGAGCAACAGAAGAUUCCCUUCUCAUGGAAGCGAGGGGUUGAUUUUUGUAAUACAAAAAUAACUGGUUUUGGCUAUGCCAAGCGGAUGAAUGAAUUCCCUGGAAUGGGGAAAUCCCCUUUUAUUUUAUUUUAUUUUAUUUUUUUCCUGGCUGCUGAGGUAACAAACUGAGCUUGGGUGAGGUGAGGCCUGCCACCAUUCUACUUGAGAUGGGCCUGUGUGUUUUGGUGCCAGCUGCAUGUCUGACGAGACGCCGUGCGAUUCACACAAAGCGCAAAUUCUGGGUUGAGAGCCCUCCGUUCGUCUUGUAGCCCCGGUUGCCACCUUGAAACGCCCAAACAGCCAAGAGGAAGGAAGGCCAAAUGGUCACAUCCCAGAGAUUUAACACGGGGAAGUCGCCACAAGGUGACUUUCAAUACCCGUGCGUGAUUCUUUGUUUGGAACUGAGCUUCACGGAGUGCGGAGUGGCAUUCCACACGCCAGUUCAACCUUUCGAAAUUUGAGGCUUACACCCAUGGCAGUGGAUAACCUCUCUUGCAGCAAGAUAAUGCCCAGAGUGAGUUUUUUGUCGCACCAGCUCCAGGUUUGAUGGUGAGACCCCCGUUCUAGCUGGGUGGCUUCUGAUGGUGGGCUGCAGCCACAGCAGCACCCCAAAUUGGGCAAGGCCACAGCAAGCCACCAUUAACAUUUCCCACAGUGCCUCUGACAUAGCAUCUCUCUGGGGCAUUGCGGGAAAUAAAACUGGAAGCUCCCGGAGCCAGCUGCUUUUUAAAAGAAGGGUUCAAGACAUGCUUUGGAGGUUAUCCCUUCCAGAGUUCUGGGACCUGCCCGACUCUGCCCCCUCGUAUUGCUGCUUUCUGCCCUGCCAACGCUAGCCCUGCCUUUCUCCUCAGUAAACAAGUGGCACAUAGGCUUGGCUCACACAGAACAAGAAACCAUGGUUUGCCACUGUGUGAAAGAGCCUUGUUCGCCUGCCUCCUCUCAAUGCACUCCAGUUGCGUCCUGUGCUUCCUCUUAAUGUGGCAAAUGGAUUGCACAUCAGAAAUUUGAAACCGCAAUCUAGCUGGUUUCCUGUUCUGGUUUUCAGGCAAACUCAUGACAAAAGUGGGGGGGGGGGGGAGAGAAACCAGCCACAAAACAAAUCUGCUUGAAAAACCAUUUUAUA